AUUUAGUAAUUUACAAAUAAUCAUUUAGAUCACAAAUUGGUUUGUAAUAAAUAUAUAUAUUGGUUACGGAAUUAAAGUACAAAUAAUAUUACAACAAACAAAACAAUAAGACUUUCCAAUAAUGAGAUUCUGUGAAAACAUAGCUAUUAUUGUUUUUAUCAAAUGUUUUAUUUGUAUUUCACUAUUAAGUGCACAGAAUAAUAGCCAUAUUAGUGGUGGUGACCAAACACUAGUGGUUGUGCUAAACGAUGACAACACGUCUACUGUUUUGCAAACUCCAGGUUUUCCAACAAAACAUUAUCCUAAAAAUUAUAGAGUUAACUAUGAUAUAAAGGUCAAUUUAAGCGAACGGAUCCAACAAUUGUCUUCACGUUUGAGAAUCAAAUUAGAAUAUAUAGCUAUAGAGCCAUCAGAUCAUUGCAAUGAAUCUAAUUUACAAAUAAUAUUCCCAAUGGGAGAGAUCAGAGUAUUUUGUGGUCUACAUGCGGGCAAAACUAUGAUCUCUGACUCGGGUACGGCUCGGGUAGAGUUCAAAGGUAACGACUUAGAACAGGACAGAGGAUUCAAGAUUGUCGCCGAUAUUAUUCGAUCCAAUUGUUCCCAAAAAUUUGUCAACAAAACAGAUGUUACCAUCGAAUCGCCAAACUAUCCGAACAAUUAUGACGAAGAAACUACCUGUGUUUGGGAGAUAGAGGUGCCAAAUGGGAAAUUUAUUAAACUCACAUUUGACGGUCCAAUCGAUAUCAAUGUCCCCAAUAGCAACAUCUGUGCCGAAGAUUAUCUAUUAGUCAGUCAAAGUGGCGAUUUUGAUGUCGAUGUUCAACGAUUCUGUGGUAACCAGAAUCCCAGUCCUAUAAUAAGCACAUCAAACAAAAUGCUUAUUAAAUUCAACUCAAACUCUGCAAACACUGCCAAAGGAUUUCGGGCAAAGUUUGUUGAACACGACAGACCUGAAUCAGCACCGGCUAGACUACCGAUGCUUACGCCCGAGGGUUGUCCUUGUGGUAAAGAAAAUCUGAGAUUUAAACGCAUUGUCGGCGGUAGUGAAGUAAAUCCUGCACAUCGUUAUCCAUGGAUGGUAUCAAUUGGAUCCAGUCGUGGCUCUCCCUUCUGUGGCGGCGCUCUUAUAAACAAUUUAUACGUAUUAACAGCUGCUCACUGCGUGGUGGAUGAAAAUCCCGAAAGUAUUGGCGUACGUAUUGGUCAGCAUAGUCUACAAGAGCCGACUCCCAUAUUGAAGAUAUCGGCGAUCAAAUUACACGAUGACUAUGAUUCUGUGUCCCAGAAAAAUGACAUCGCAGUGCUUCGGCUCCAGAAUCCGAUCCAAUACAACGAAAACAUAGAACCCGUUUGUAUACCUCCGAGCGAUCUCGACGAUCCCGACGGUCUCUGGGUAUCCGGUUGGGGUCGUACUGAUGAAGGCGGACGUACCAGUGAUCGGCUAAACGAGGUAACACUACCGCAGUACUCGUUGGCCAAAUGCGAGAACAAAUACGCCGGUUUGGUCAGCGAUAAACAAUUGUGUGCCGGAGGUAUCAAAGGACAAGACGCUUGUCAGGGAGAUUCAGGCGGUCCUCUGCAGUCAAAAAUUAACGGAAAAGUCAAUAUUGUUGGUAUUAUCUCAUGGGGUAUCGGAUGCGCGCGUGAGAACUAUCCGGGAGUUUACACACGAGUCUCAGCUUAUUUGAAAUGGAUUGAAGACAAGACCCGAGACGGCACCUAUUGUUUGGCAGACAACUCGACCUCCAAUUUAAUUGACCAACCGAUUCAACCGAACUUUGAAAGUUGCGGUAUUCCUAACCAUAAAUUAUCAAAAAGAGUUGUCGGCGGAACAGAGACAAUACCUCAAGAGUUUCCAUGGAUUGUCGUAAUUGCAGUCAAUAACCAAAUUAUGGGAAGCGGUUCACUAAUUGCGGCAAAUGUUGUGCUGACUUCAGCACAUAAACUCAAAGAAAUUUAUGACAAAAAUCGCAAUCCGGAUAUCAAAGUGAUUGUCGGCGCACACGAUGUGACCAAAAGUGAACCAAACAAACGUGUCUAUAGAGUCAAUCAAAUCAUAUUUCAUCCGAAAUUUGGUCAAAACGCUCCGCUCGACAAUGAUUUUGCAAUUCUAGAGCUCAAGUCAACUGCCGAAGGCUUUCUGCCGCAGAACCGACCCGUUUGUCUGCCGAGAAGCGAUACGCCAUACAAAGUGGGCGCUUCGAUCAUCGGCGCCGGUUGGGGACGUACUUCGACUAACAGUGCCGGCAGUAGAGUGUUGAGAAAAGUCGAAUUACAUCUAUCGAGUAGAUCCCAGUGCUCCAGAAUUUACAAGUACUUGACUGAUUCAAUGAUAUGCGCUCAGGAAGACAAAAAAGAUAUGUGUACCGGUGAUGAAGGGGCACCACUUAUGCAGUAUUUUGAGGGUCGUAUGUAUUUGUUUGGUGUCUAUUCGUAUCAAUCAUCGAGUGGUUGUGUCAGUGGUAACCCCAGUAUCUUUGGCGAUGUCAGGUAUACUCUCGAAUGGAUACGCGAUGUAACCAACAAUGCCAUCAAAACGGCUUAA